AUGAAACGCACGUCCAACGUCCCCCCUGCCAAAAAGCAAGGUCAGGAGAAGGCAGGAACCAUCUCUCGAAGAACUGAUACAACGGCCGAUCAUGAUCCACAAUCGGGGCAUCAAUUUGGAGGACAACUCAGUAAAAAAGUGAUUAAGGCCGAGGAUCAACUCCAUCUCACAGAGGAAGAGUUGAAUGUGGAAGUGGAUCGAAUUUUGGAAGCAACCAAUCCGAAUGCUCCUGAAAAUAUUGUUCGAUUCAAUCACGAAGAUAGAACUUUUAAAUUUGAACACACAGUCGAACAGGCAGCAUUUCAUUUUGCAGAUGACGGAUUCCUAAUUUUAAAAGAUGGUCCUGAAGCCAAACUUCAAAAGGAAGAAAAUGAAAAUAAGAGAGAAUUGUUAAAGAAAAAGCUCAAAGAACAAGCAAACGUGGAAACCGAUAACUUGGGUGCUGAUGACAUCCAACAAAAAAAGGACAUACUCCGUAAUCAGUUCAACUAUUCGGAUCGAGAGGUUCAAACCUUUAACUAUCCUUUCAAGGAAGUAGAAAUCAUGACAGAGCCUCCAGCAGCAGAGACGUUUGAGGCAACAGCUACGCAAUGGGAAAUUUAUGAUUUCUAUCAACAAUAUUUCGAAGAGCUCAAAAAACAAAAUGGAAAGGGCAACGGUAGUGGAAAGAACAAGAAGCCCAACAGAGCUAAAACUCCUCAAGAAAUUAUUCACUCCAAAGAAAUGGUCUCAACCUUGAAGCUCAUGGAACGAAUGCUCAAUCAAAAUUCUAUGGAGGAAAUUUUGCAUGACUACAAGUAUUGGGAUGAUCCAUCAGACGAUGUUGUCGAAGACAAGAAGAGGAGAACGGAGGGCUCCCUUCUUCCUCUUUGGAGAUUCCCAUUCCCAGAAAAGAAGAAGAUGUCAGUGACUGGAGUUUGUUGGAAUCCAAAAUAUUCUGAUUUGUUCGCUGUGAGUUAUGGAAGUUACAACUUUUUGAAGCAGGGUGGAGGAAUGAUUUGUUGUUACACCUUGAAAAAUCCCGGAAUUCCUGAAUACACUUUCUAUACAGAAUCGGGGGCCAUGUGCUUGGACUUCCAUCCAAAACAUCCAUCUCUGCUAGCUGUUGGUUUGUAUGAUGGAACGUGUAUGAUAUUCGAUAUUAAGCAAAAAGAAAGCAAACCAUUAAUAUUAUCCACAGUGAAGAGUGGAAAGCAUAACGGCGUUGUUUGGCAAGUGAAAUGGGAAACGGAGGGAAUUUCUACCUCUCUUUCAUUCUUCUCUGUGAGUAGUGAUGGCAGGGUUACGAAUUGGACCCUUUCAAAGAAUGAACUUCAAUAUACAGACAUUAUGCACCUGAAAUUGGAGUCUUCUUCAACAGUGGCAUUUGAAUCUGACAAAUCCUUCUCUGCCAAUGCCUCAUUCACUCAAAUGAAUCCAUCCAAAAUUACGGAAGACUUUUUAGUGGCAUAUUCGGGCGGUACUUGUUUCGAUUUCAAUCCCAAGACACCUCAUUUGUUUGUUGUUGGUACUGAAGAAGGAAAGAUUCAUUUAUGCUCAAAGGCAUACAAUUCACAGUAUAUUCGGACGUAUGAGGGUCAUAACAUGAAUGUGUACAGUGUGAAAUGGAACAGUUUCCAUCCAAAUGUUUUCCUUUCAGCAAGUGCAGAUUGGAAUGUCAAAUUGUGGGACAUGAAUUAUACACAACCUCUCAUGACUUUUGAUUUGGGAAGCGGUGUUGGAGAUGUUGACUGGGCCCCAUACUCAUCCACUGUUUUUUGUGCUGUCACAGAUGACGGAAGAGUUCAGGUGUUUGAUUUAAGCGUCAACAAGAGAGAUUCACUAACAGAUGCAUGUUCAUUAAUUGUCAAGAAGGCCAAAUUGACUCAUGUUCAAUUUAAUCCAGUCACAAGUGCCGAACUGCUCUACGAUAGCGCCUACUUUGAUAGUAAGAAUCCUCAACUUCAACAUAGGGCAGUAGAGGCACUCAACAAAAUGAGCUUUGCGCUCCUUGUGGGAGACGAUAAGGGACUCGUUCAAACGCUCAAGCUUUCUCCUAAUCUUAGAAGACCUCCAGACCUCAAAGAUAAGGAAUCUGCACCAGCAACAGGAGGACAACAGCAAGGUGCAAAGAAGACAGAAACCACCACAACUACUACAGGUCAAAAGACAGUGCAACAAAUGGAGGUUGAAAAACUCUCAGCAAUUCUUGAAGUCGCUUUGAAACAGCAACAAGAAUAA